CUCUAAACUUCCAACUUUUUAAAGACUCGACCAGCUCUCUUCCUAUUCUCGUCUGUAAAUUUUAAGCAUUUCCGUCGCCGGCGAUCCAUAAUUCUGUUGGAUUCUGAAAAUGAGAUUAUCAAGUAGUCAAGCACUGCUAUAGUAUUAGUUGCAGUUCUUUAUUAUAGGCAGAAUAAACAGACAGACAAUACCUGCUACCGGAAAUGUCGGCAGUGAUAACUGGAGAUGAUUUAGAGACAUUAUCGAUUGGAAGCAGGCGUAGCAGUUUCCGGUCAGGGAGUCAGAGGAGCUGGACGUCAGGUAAUGGUGUGUUUAACCGGAGUCAAAGGCGGGAAGAGGAUGAGGAGGAGCUCCGGUGGGCCGCCAUCGAGCGGUUACCGACGUAUAGAAGGAUGAGAAAAGGGAUGUUAAGGCAAGUACUGGAUAAUGGCAGUGUUAUUGAAAGUGAAGUUGAUCUUAGAAAGCUUGGAUUGCAAGAUAAGAAAAAGUUAAUGGAAAGUAUUCUAAAAGAUGCUGAAGAUGAUAAUGAGAAGUUUCUUACGAGACUUAGAGAAAGAGCUGAUAGGGUGGGGAUUGACAUACCAAAGAUUGAAGUUCGGUUUGAGCAUUUAUCAGUUGGGGGAGAUGUGCAUGUAGGGAGUAGAGCUCUUCCUACUCUGCUAAAUGCUACUCUGAAUUCAGUAGAGACUGUUCUUGGGUUGAUUGGGCUUGCUCCAUCAAAGAAGAGAAGAAUCCAGAUUCUUCAAGAUCUCAGUGGAAUCGUCAGACCUUCCAGGAUGACCCUACUACUUGGUCCUCCUGGUGCAGGGAAAACAACAUUGCUGCUGGCACUUGCUGGAAAACUUGAUCAGGAUCUAAGGAAAUUGGGGAAAAUUACCUAUUGUGGUCAUGAACUGCAUGAGUUUAUUCCUCAGAGAACUUGUGCUUAUAUUAGUCAACAUGAUGUUCACCAUGGAGAAAUGACAGUAAGAGAGACAUUUGAUUUCUCUGGACGUUGUUUAGGUGUGGGCACAAGAUAUGAAAUGCUGGCAGAACUCUCAAGACGAGAGAAGGCAUCAGGAAUUAAGCCAGAUUCUGAGAUUGAUGCAUUCAUGAAAGCCACAGCACUGUCAGGCCAGAAAACCAGUUUAGUUACAGAUUACGUUCUCAAGUUACUUGGGUUGGAUAUUUGUGCGGAUAUUGUGGUUGGGGAUCAGAUGCGAAGGGGAAUUUCAGGAGGACAAAAGAAGCGUGUGACCACUGGAGAAAUGCUGGUUGGACCAGCAAAGGUCCUUUUAAUGGAUGAAAUAUCAACGGGGUUGGACAGUUCCACCACUUUUCAAAUUUGUAGGUUCAUGAGGCAAAUGGUUCAUAUUAUGGAUAUAACCAUGAUCAUUUCUCUCCUGCAGCCAGCACCUGAAACAUUUGAACUCUUUGAUGACGUUAUUCUACUUUCAGAUGGUCAGAUUGUCUAUCAAGGUCCACGUGAAAAUAUUUUAGAAUUCUUUGAAUAUAUGGGUUUCAGAUGCCCUGAAAGAAAAGGAGUUGCUGAUUUUCUGCAAGAAGUUACUUCCAAGAAGGACCAAGAACAAUAUUGGUACAAGAAGGAUCAACCUUAUUCAUUUAUCUCGGUUCCAGAUUUUGUGCAAGGUUUUAGCUCUUUCCACAUUGGCCAACAACUUGCAUCAGAUCUUAGUGUUCCUUACAAUAAAUCAAGAGCUCAUCCUGCUGCGUUAGUGAUGGAUAAGUACGGAAUUUCAAAUUGGGAACUGUUCAAGGCAUGCUUUUCAAGGGAGUGGCUGUUGAUGAAGCGAAAUUCCUUUGUGUAUAUAUUCAAGACUGUCCAGAUAACAAUCAUGUCAAUAAUUGCUUUCACCGUCUUCCUGAGGACAGAAAUGAAAGUGGGGACUGUGGCAGAUGGACAGAAAUUCUAUGGAGCUCUAUUUUUCAGUCUAAUCAACGUGAUGUUUAAUGGGAUGGCAGAACUCGCAUUGACAAUGUUCAGGCUUCCUGUUUACUUCAAACAGAGAGACUUCUUGUUUUAUCCAGCGUGGGCUUUUGCCUUACCUAUAUGGGUACUUAGGAUCCCAUUAUCAUUCCUGGAGUCAGGGAUAUGGAUUCUUCUAACAUAUUACACAAUUGGUUUUGCUCCUGCUGCUAGCAGGUUUUUCAGACAGUUCCUGACAUUUUUUGGUAUACAUCAGAUGGCUUUGUCCCUCUUUCGUUUCAUUGCUGCUGUUGGAAGAACAGAAAUUGUCGCGAACACACUUGGUACCUUCACCUUGCUUCUCGUUUUUGUGCUUGGAGGAUUUAUCAUUGCCCGAGAGGAUAUUGCACCCUGGAUGAUAUGGGGCUACUAUGUUUCUCCUAUGAUGUAUGGACAGAAUGCUAUUGUCAUGAAUGAAUUCCUAGAUGAGAGAUGGAGUGCACCCAAUCCAGACCCCAGGAUUGAUGCACCUACAGUUGGCAAAGUACUCUUGAAGGCUAGAGGCUUCUUUACUGAUGACUAUUGGUUUUGGAUUUGUGUUGGCACAUUAUUUGGGUUUUCUCUUCUAUUCAACAUUUUAUUUAUAGCUGCAUUGACUUUCUUAAAUCCUUUGGGCAAUUCGAAAGGUCACAUCGUGGAUGAAGGUAAGAAGGGAAAUUCAUAUUCUGGCAAACAUCAAAAAGAAGGUACUGAUAUGGCAGUUAGAAAUUCUUCAGAUGGUGUCGGUGCUGAAAGAUUGAUGACAAGCAAAAGAGGAAUGGUUUUGCCCUUCCAACCCCUUUCACUUGCAUUCAACCUUGUCAAUUACUAUGUGGAUAUGCCUGCUGAAAUGAAGAAGGAAGGAGUGCAAGAAAAGCGUCUUCAACUGCUACGAGAUGUUAGCGGUUCUUUCAGACCAGGCAUAUUAACAGCUCUGGUGGGUGUUAGUGGUGCUGGGAAGACUACAUUAAUGGAUGUCCUGGCUGGAAGAAAAACCACGGGGUACAUUGAUGGAAGUAUUAACAUCUCUGGUUACCCAAAGAACCAAGCAACAUUUGCUCGUGUGAGCGGUUAUUGUGAACAGAAUGACAUUCAUUCACCACACGUUACUGUUUAUGAAUCUCUCCUGUAUUCGGCCUGGCUCCGCCUUUCUAAAGAUGUAGAUACAAAAAUGAGAAAGAUGUUUAUUGAAGAAAUUAUGGAUUUGGUCGAGCUAGAUCCUAUAAGAGAUGCCCUAGUUGGACUUCCAGGUGUAGAUGGUCUAUCAACAGAACAAAGGAAGAGGUUGACAAUAGCUGUAGAGUUGGUUGCUAAUCCCUCCAUCAUCUUCAUGGAUGAGCCAACUUCUGGCCUUGAUGCCAGAGCGGCUGCGAUUGUUAUGCGUACUGUUAGAAACACUGUGGAUACAGGGAGAACAGUCGUAUGCACAAUUCACCAGCCAAGCAUUGACAUUUUUGAGGCUUUUGACGAGCUACUAUUAAUGAAAAGAGGUGGUCAAGUCAUUUAUGCCGGACCCCUUGGUCGCUUUUCUCAUAAGCUUAUAGAGUAUUUUGAAGCUAUUCCUGGAGUUCCUAAAAUCAAGGAUGGAUACAACCCUGCAACAUGGAUGCUUGAUAUAAGUACUUCUUCAAUGGAGACACAAUUGAAUGUGGAUUUUGCAGAGAUUUAUGUCAACUCCUCUCUCUACCAGAGGAAUCAGGAACUUAUUAAAGAGCUUAGCAUUCCACCAUCAGGCUCCAAGGAUCUUUAUUUGCCGACCAAGUACUCACAAUCAUUCCUCGUUCAGUGCAAGGCAUGUUUCUGGAAACAUCAUUGGUCUUACUGGAGAAAUCCUCAAUACAAUGCCAUCCGAUUCUUCUUGACAAUAAUCAUUGGAACUCUGUUUGGUCUUAUCUUUUGGAACAAAGGGCAAAAGAUAGGUAAACAGCAAGAUCUUAUGAAUCUCUUGGGAGCCAUUUACUCUGCAGUAUUUUUCCUUGGUGCAUGCAAUACUUCUUCUGUUCAGCCUGUUGUUGCUAUCGAAAGAACAGUUUUCUACCGUGAAAGAGCAGCUGGAAUGUAUUCUGCACUGCCUUAUGCAUUCGCUCAGGUGGCAAUAGAGGUCAUUUAUAUUGCAAUUCAAACUGUUGUCUACACUCUUAUCCUUUUUUCCAUGAUUGGCUUUGAGUGGAAGGUUGGGAAAUUCUUGUGGUUCUUCUACUUUUUAUUCAUGAGCUUUGUGUACUUCACAUUAUAUGGGAUGAUGGUUGUUGCAUUGACUCCAAACCACCAAAUUGCUGCCAUUGUCAUGUCCUUCUUCAUAUCCUUAUGGAACAUGUUCACCGGGUUUAUCAUUCCCAGGAUGCUAAUACCUAUAUGGUGGAGGUGGUAUUACUGGGCAUCUCCUGUAGCUUGGACAACCUAUGGACUUGUGACCUCUCAAGUGGGUGACAAGAAUGCUCUUGUUGAAAUACCUGGAGCUGGUAACAUGCCAGUAAAGGUAUUCCUCAAAGAAACCUUAGGCUAUGAUUAUGACUUUCUUCCAGCUGUUGCUGCUGCCCAUCUUGGUUGGAUUAUCAUUUUCUUCCUUGUGUUUGCAUAUGGAAUCAAAUAUUUUAACUUCCAAAAAAGAUAACCAGUUUCAGCAUUAUAAAUCUAUAGGGUUUAGCUCUUUAAAAACAGCCGAAAAUAUCAAGUAUUUACGUCCAUAACUGGAGAGACAAAAAAGUUACCCUUAAUUCUUUUUUGUACUUAACGGGCCCUCUUUUUUGCAUAUUCUUUUCCUUCUAAUACCUUGAGGAAAGAGUUUAACCUUUUCUUCUCCUUUCAUUUUGUAUUUGUGUUCUUUUUAUCUUUACCUUUGCAUACAGGCUGCAAUUAUAAUGUAAGCCAACAAAAUGUGUUGGCUAUCAGAAAACUGUAUAUUCUUCCUGUCAUGGAGUUGUAAACUUGUAAUUGUUAAUUCUAUGUGAAAUUUAGCAUCAAGGAUCAGAAGUUAAAACACAAAA